UCGGCUGCUGGGUGUGAUUGUCGCUGAGCUGGAGCUAUGUUUUGCAGCCAGUAUGACAAUGAUGUCACCCUUUGGAGCCCUCAGGGUGGGAUUCAUCAGAUUGAAUAUGCAAUGGAAUCUGUUAAACAGGGUUCUGCCACAGUUGGUCUGAAGUCAAAAACACAUGCAGUGUUGGUUGCAUUGAAGAGGGCACAGUCAGAACUUGCAGCUCACCAGAAGAAAAUUCUCCAUGUUGAUAACCAUAUUGGUAUCUUGAUUGUGAAUCUGACUGUUGAUGCUCAACUGUUAUGUAAUUUUAAGCACCAGGAGUGUUUGGAUUCCAGAUUUGUAUUUGACAGACCACUUCCUGUGUCUCGCCUUGUGUCUCUAAUUGGAAGCAAGACCCAGAUCCCAACACAGCGCUAUGGCCAGAGACCAUACGGUGUUGGAUUGCUUAUUGCUGGUUAUGAUGAUAUGGGCCCUCACAGUUUCCAAACUUGUCCGUCCGCCAACUAUUUUGACUGCAGAGCCAUGUCUAUUGGAGCCUGUUCUCAAUCAGCUCGGACUUACCUGGAGAGACAUAUGCCUGAAUUUAUGGAGUGCAAUUUGGAUGAGCUGGUUAAACAUGGUCUGCGUGCCUUAAGAGAAACAUUCCUUGCAGAGCAGGACCUGACCACAAAGAAUGUUUCCAUUGGAAUUGUUGGUAAAGACUUGGAGUUUGCAAUCUAUGAUGAUGAUGAUGUGUCUUUUUUCCUGGGUGGUCUUGAAGAAAGACAACAGAGAAAAGCACAGCCAUCACAGGCUGCUGAUGAGCCUGCAGAAAAAGCAGAUGAACCAAUGGAGCGCUAA